AUGACUACAGGAAUGGAACUAUUAACUACAGCAGACCCUCAUUUUAUCCCAGGAUACACUGGUUAUUGCCCGCAGUAUCGAUUUAGAUGCGGUGAAACAUACGGAAAAGCCACGCAUAAAUUACUGCUCGAUCCUACGGUGAACCACACGGAUACGCUUAUCCUCUCAAAUCGUUCGAGCGAUGAUUGCAAGUUAUGGAGACCGAAAAAGAAAGACAUAGAUAUAGUCAACGCACGUUUCAAGAGAACCGGCUCAAUUUUCGCUCACCCUAUGUUGCCGGGAUACGAAGGUUUUAUACCGAGAUUAAAUGCUGGAAUCGGACAAAGAUACACAGUACUCGCAACCGAAGGACUUGCGAUUGAAUUCGAACGGCAAUUACGACAUAAUGCGGCAUUGAAUCGACUGAGAAAAAUGAUAGACGUGCAAAGCGGACAGGCCGAGCCUCGGAAUUUAGAAGAACGUUUACUGAUGAAAAGCCAAGUUAAUUUGCCCUUGCACACCAUACGACCCGAAUGUGUAGCAAUGAUGAAAAAAUUUACUAUCAAACGAAAAACAUAAGAUAUUAAAAAGCUGUGCAUUUUGG